CAAGCGGGCCGGAUACGAACCCCCAGCUGCUUCCGGUCCUGGAUUCCGAGCCAGCGCCCUCGCAGGGCCGGAGGAGAAGUGACGCUGCUGCUGGAAGAUGGCGGCGACGGCGACGGUCGCUUCGUCAACCACGGAGCCUGCCACAACGACGGCCACUGCCGCAGCUCUCGGGGAAGUGGAGGAUGAAGGGCUCCUGGCAUCGCUGUUCCGAGACCGUUUCCCCGAGGCCCAGUGGCGGGAGCGGCCCGACGUGGGCCGCUACCUCCGGGAGCUGAGCGGCUCCGGGCUGGAGCGGCUGAGACGCGAGCCCGAGCGCUUGGCGGAAGAGCGAGCGCAGCUGCUGCAGCAGACGCGCGACUUGGCCUUUGCCAACUACAAGACCUUCAUCCGAGGCGCCGAGUGCACCGAGCGCAUCCACCGCCUCUUUGGCGACGUGGAGGCGUCGCUCGGCCGCCUGCUCGACCGCUUGCCCAGCUUCCAGCAGAGCUGCAGGAACUUUGUUAAAGAGGCUGAGGAGAUCAGCUCCAACCGCCGGAUGAACACCCUGACUCUAAACCGGCACACAGAAAUCCUGGAAAUCCUGGAGAUUCCUCAGCUAAUGGACACCUGUGUCCGGAACAGCUAUUAUGAAGAGGCCUUGGAGCUUGCAGCCUAUGUACGCCGACUGGAAAGGAAAUAUUCCUCCAUCCCUGUCAUCCAGGGCAUCGUGAACGAAGUGCGCCAGUCCAUGCAGCUGAUGCUGAGCCAGCUGAUCCAGCAACUAAGAACCAACAUCCAGCUCCCCGCCUGCCUCCGUGUCAUUAGCUUCCUCCGGUGCAUGGAUAUCUUCACUGAGGCUGAGUUGAGGGUGAAGUUUCUUCAGGCCCGAGAUGCUUGGCUCCGUUCCAUUCUGACUGCCAUCCCCAAUGACGAUCCCUAUUUCCACAUCACAAAAACCAUUGAGGCCUGCCGUGUCCAUCUGUUCGAUAUCAUCACCCAGUACCGUGCCAUAUUCUCUGAUGAGGACCCACUGUUGCCCCCUGCCAUGGGUGAGCACACUAUAAACGAGAGUGCCAUCUUCUAUGGCUGGGUGCUACAGAGAGUCUCACAGUUCCUGCAGGUGCUGGAGACCGACCUUUACCGGGGGAUUGGUGGUCGUCUAGAUUCUCUGCUGGGUCAGUGCAUGUACUUUGGGCUGUCCUUCAGCCGGGUCGGGGUUGAUUUCCGGGGCCAGUUGGCUCCUGUUUUCCAGCGGGUGGCCAUCAGCACUUUCCAGAAGGCAAUUCAGGAAGCAGUGGAGAAGUUCGAGGAUGAAAUGAAUUCCUACACCCUCAUCUCAGCUCCAACCAUCCUGGGCAGCAGUAACCUGCCUGCUGCUGUGCCAGUCACUCAGCCGGGGACCCUGCAGCCACCCAUGGUACUCUUGGAUUUCCCCCCACUUGCCUGCUUCCUCAACAAUAUUCUGGUUGCCUUCAAUGAUCUGCGCCUCUGCUGCCCUGUGGCCCUGGCACAGGAAGUGACUAGGGCCCUGGAGGACGCUCUUGUCAAGGUAACCAAAACAAUCCUGGCCUUCCAUCGCGCAGAAGAGGCUGCUUUCAGCAGUGGGGAGCAAGAGCUCUUUGUCCAGUUCUGCACUGUCUUCCUGGAAGACCUUGUUCCUUAUUUAAAUCGCUGUCUCCAAGUCCUUUUUCCACCAGCUCAGAUAGCACAGACCUUAGGCAUUCCACCCACUCAGCUCUCCAAGUACGGAAACCUUGGGCAUGUGAACAUCGGCCUCGUCCAGGAGCCUCUUGCCUUCCUCCUGCCGAAGAGAGAGCUGGUCCUCUGUCUGGAUGACAAGGAGCUGGCGCCGGAGCUCGCAGCUCCAGCACCCGCCGCCGAGGAGUCAGGCAUGGAACCCGCCGCUGCAGCUUGCCCUGAGGAUGCGCAGGAGCAGGCGGACUCCGCUGAGGCGCCGCCGGCUGAGGUCCCUGGUGCGGACACCUAACGGGCGGGGCGGCCAGCGCUUCCUGCCGCGCCCGCGGAGAGGGCUGGACCCCAAAGGGGAGCAGGUCGUGUGGCAGGCGAGCGGAUGGGCAGCCCGAAUCAUCCAGCACGAGAUGGACCACUUGCAGGGCUGCCUGUUCAUUGACAAAAUGGAC